AUGUCUCGCCAGCCAUAUGCGCCGACCCCCCAUAGCUACGUGCCCAAUACGACGCUAUCGGCAACAAUCAAUCUCGAUGAGGAAGUCAAACUCGCCGAGAACCGCGCAGAAAGGGACCUGCAAGACUCCCUUGCCGAAAUCUUUAGCAUCAUAGUGACGCUCGACGAACUCGAGAAGGCGUUCCUCAAGGAUGCCAUCCCAGAAGCGGACUACGCCGAGAUAUGCGACCGGUCGCUGAAGCAGUACAAAUCCAUUCUUGCUGAUGAGACGGUAUCUAAGGCGUUCGUGGGCCUGGAGGAAUUCAAAGCCAAGUGGGAUCUCGAGGUUCCCCGCGCAACGGAGCGCAUCCGCGUAGGACUACCCGCCACGACAGUGCAAACUUCGUCCACGACACCCGCGGCACCCGCACCCGGCGCAGGCGGCACCAACGGCGUGCUCAUCGCCGAGGCGACGCAAGAAUUCAUCACUUUCCUCGACGCCGUCAAGCUAGGCCUCUUAUCCAAGGAUCAGCUACAUCCUCUCUUGUCGGAUGUGAUACAGUCGGUCAAUCGAGUGACGGACAAGGACUUUGAGAACAGGGGCAAGAUUGUGCAGUGGCUAAUUACGCUAAAUCAGAUGAAGGCAACAGACGAACUAAGUGAGGAGCAGGCGAGGGAGUUGGAGCUUGAUAUCCAGCAGGCGUAUGGAGGGUUCAAGAGGAUAUUAUCAUAA